UAUAAGUACUAAUAAUAAUAGUCACUAAUAAUAAUAAGCAUUAACUAAUAGUAAGCAAUAGUCAGCUAUAUGGUAGCGUUCUAGCACAUUCUAUUUCCCAAAUAGGCAAUGGGACCAUCAAUAAUUAUCAUUAAUAAUCUGUGGUCUAGUCUUAUUGAUUAGGUAAGGCACACGUGACCGUGCGCACGAGACCACAGCCAAUUAUUAAUAGCCGUUCAUCGGCCUAGACUCCCAUUUGUCAUUCUCCCUGCAUGGAAAAAGAAAUUCUCAACCGGUACGGCCAAAUUCGAAGACAUAUAAAUAAAGUGCAAUAUCUCUUUUGAUCUGGAGAAAUUACUAUUAAUGUUAAUUAAACUGUAUAAACAACAAUUAACAUUAUCUUUAUCACUAUCACGUGUAUCUCAUCGUACAAUUAGUUUUAAUACUUAUCUCACAAAAUCUCCUAAAAUGGUUCAUCACAGAGUUACUAUCAUUGGAUCUGGUCCGGCUGCUCAUACUGCUGCUAUCUAUUUAGCUAGAGCUGAAAUUAAACCAACUUUAUAUGAAGGUUUAUUAGCUAAUGGAAUUGCUGCUGGUGGUCAAUUAACUACUACUACUGAAAUUGAAAAUUUCCCUGGUUUCCCUCAAGGUAUUAAUGGUUCAACUUUAAUGGAACAAAUGAGAGAACAAUCUGUUAGAUUUGGUACUGAAAUUAUUACUGAAACUAUUUCUAAAGUUGAUUUUUCUAAAAGACCAUUCAAAUUAUGGACUGAAUGGAAUGAAGAUGCUGAACCAAUCACUACUGAUGCUGUUAUUAUUGCAACUGGUGCUUCAGCCAAAAGAAUGCAUAUUGAAGGUGAAGAAACUUACUGGCAACAAGGUAUCUCAGCUUGUGCUGUUUGUGAUGGUGCUGUUCCAAUUUUCAGAAACAAACCAUUAGCUGUUGUUGGUGGUGGUGAUUCUGCUUGUGAAGAAGCUUUAUUCUUGACUAAGUAUGGUUCUAAAGUUUAUCUUUUAGUAAGAAGAGAUCAAUUAAGAGCUUCUACUAUUAUGCAAAGAAGAGUUCAAAAUAACGAUAAAUUAGAAAUCUUAUGGAAUUCUGAAGCUAAGGAAGCUAAAGGUGAUGGUAAAUUAUUACAAUCCUUAUCUGUUUAUAAUAAUAAAACUAAAGAAACUAAAGAUUUACCAGUUAAUGGUUUAUUUUAUGCUAUCGGUCAUACUCCAGCUACUAAAGUUUUUGAAAAUCAAUUAAAGACUGAUGAAACUGGUUAUAUCAUCACUACUCCAGGUACUGCUGAAACUUCCAUUCCAGGUAUUUAUGCUGCUGGAGAUGUUCAAGAUAAGAAAUAUAGACAAGCUAUCACCUCUGCUGGUUCUGGUUGUAUGGCUGCUUUAGACUGUGAAAAAUUCUUAUCAGAACAAGAAUAAGUGUAACAGUUUGUUAUGCAGUCAUAGUCAUUAUAGAAUAAUUUAUUUCAGUUACGUAAUUUAUUUAUAGUCAUGUUUAAUAGAUGUAGAAGUUAAUAA